AUGUUCAAUUUUAUGCUUGCAUCCCUGGCGGUCGCCAGUUCUUUGCAGUCCUUGGCCUCGGCCAGCGCCAUCUCACCUCGAGCUCCACGUCCCUGGAGUAACUUCAACAACAACGUGGUCUUCACCCCGCCUACCUCUUGGGUUGAUCCGCGUACCCUCUAUGCUCGCACUCUCCAGCUGAGCGAUAAAUCUCUUCUCAUCACUUGCGAGAUCUAUUCGCCGGAAGAUCCGUUGUCUCUCCCAAUCUUCCGCUCCACAGAUGGCGGGGCGACUUGGAAAGAGCACUCACGAUUCAGAGACCAGGUUAAUGGCUGGGGAAUGGCAUACCAGCCUAUCCUGUACUCUUUGCCCGAGAGGUUUGGCGGGUAUCCGGCCGGCACCAUCCUCGCAGUGGGCACGUCACUUCCCAGCAACAAGAGUCAUGCCUACAUCGACAUGUACGCCAGUACAGAUGGCGCCAAAACAUUCACAUUCCUCAGUCAUGUUGCUUACGGGCUAGGUCCAGAGACCGUCCGCAAUGGUGACAAGGCCAUCUGGGAAGCGUUCUUGCUGAUGUAUAAGGGCAAAUUGAUCGUCUACUACUCUGAUCAGCGCGAUCCACAGCAUGGACAGAAACUCGUUCACACUACCACGACUAAUCUGAGAAAAUGGGACCCAAUCGUGAAUGAUGUCGCUAUGGACUACUACGACGGACGCCCCGGUAUGACUACGGUUGCGCACAUACCCAUCAACAACAACUACAUCAUGACGUUUGAAAACUGCGGUGCGCCGGUAAAGAACUGCCAGGUCAACUACAUCGUCUCCAACGACCCGACCAAGUUUUUCGGCAGGCCCAUCCAACCAAUCGUGUCCAAUGACACAGCGGCGAUGAGUCCCUACGGCUCACCCUUCAUCAUCUGGGCCCCCCUCAAAGCUGGCAGCAAGGACGGCAUCCUUAUCGCCAACGGCAACAGUGAUAGUGACGUCUAUGUUAACGACUACAGAGCACUUCCGGAGAACUGGAAGAGAGUCAAAAUCAACCAGAAGAAUGGUUAUAGUCGAGAUCUUCGAGUCAUCAAGGACAAUCGUGGAAAUCUAAAGUUGCUCGUCGCAAGCGGAGGCAACUUUGGCGAAGCAGACACCAAUGCUUUGAUUGUUGGCGUGGUUGAUAUUCCCCAGUAG